AUGUUCGCUCGCUUUCCCUCCCUCGCCUGGGCAGGCUUGCUCGCUCUGGGCUUGCAGGCCACCCAGGUCGCCGCUAUUUCCAAGAUCUCUGCUGUGGGUUCCAAAUUCUUCACUGCCGACGGCGACCAAUUCUUCGUCAAGGGCGUCGCCUACCAGCUGACUGACAACGACCCUCUGGUCGACACUGCCCAAUGCAAACUCGACGCGGCCCUGAUGAAGGAACUGGGCGCCAACACCAUCCGAGUAUACCAUGUCGAUCCCACUGAAGACCAUGACGGCUGCAUGUCCGCCUUUGAAUCCGCUGGAAUCUACUUGUUUGUUGAUCUGGAGACUUUCGACUCGUCGAUUAGCCAGAGUAACCCUUACUGGAACUCGACCCAGCUCAAGGCCUACGAAGCCGUCUUGGACACUUUCCACGACUACGAUAAUUUGGCUGGUGUCUUGAUUGGCAACGAAGUCCUGACCAUGACCAACGGAUCCUGGGCUGCUCCCUACGUCAAGGCCGCCGCGCGCGACGUCAAGGCCUACCGCGACUCCAAGGGCUAUCGCAAGAUCCCAGUUGGUUAUGCGGCUGCCGACAUCGCCAGUCUGCGUCCGAUGUUGCAAGACUACCUCGCGUGCUCGGCCAACUCCUCCGAAAACAUCGACUUUUACUCGCUCAAUGCCUAUGAAUGGUGCGGCGACAACACGUACUCCGGCUCUGGCUAUUCGAUGCUGCAAAAGAACGCCACCGGAUACUCUGUGCCCAUCUUCUUCUCCGAGACAGGCUGCAAUUCUGCCCCACCGCGCACCUUCCAGGACCAGAACGCCAUCUUCGGCCCUGAGAUGUCUGACACAUGGUCCGGAGCCAUCAUCUACGAAUGGAUCGAGGAAGCCAACAAAUACGGCCUGAUCAGCUAUGGGCCCAGCCUGGCCGCGACCGCAGCUGCCACUGCCACCGACAUUGUCGGCGGAUUCACACGCAGAGGCACCCCGACCCCCAUCUCGCCGGACUUUUCCAACUUGAAGUCUGUCUGGAAGACCCUCACCCCGUCCGGAGUCAAGCUGUCCGAGUACACCGCUUCAGUCUCAUCGAUCACGCCUCUGGCCUGCCCUGCCUCGACGUCGGGCGGCUGGGAGGUUGACCCCAGCUCUCCGCUGCCCACUCUCGACCAGACCGCCACUGCUGCCGGCUCGGGCUCUACAGGCACCUCUGGCUCUGGUUCUGGUAACGGCAGUGGCAGCGGCACCGCCGGCUCCACGGGUGCUGCAUCCACCUCCAGCGGCGCCGCUGCUCCAGGUGCCCGCGCCCCGAUGGCCACCAUCUUUGCGCAGGGAACCGCCAGCGCUGCGUUUGUUGCGUAUAGCGCUCUCGUUGGAUUUACCGGGUUCAUGGCGUGGUGGUUGUAG